ACUUUCCUUUCGUCAAGACACAAACAAACUUUAUAUUUCACAGCCUGAAACGACGCCUAUCAUAAGUGAGAGCAUAAGCGAGCGAGAUACGACCUCUUAAGAUCAAGAAACAGCUGACAGAGUUUUUGUACGUCUCUGGAGAUUUUUGGAUAUAUCUUAAAAUCACCAACAGGAAAGGAUGUCCUUAUAUGGUAGCUUUCUGUCUGACGAGCAGUUCCAGUGCUCGAUCUGCCUCGAUGUGUUCAAUAACCCUUCGUCCACACCGUGCGGCCACAGCUUCUGCAUGAGCUGCAUCAGCAGAUACUGGGACGGGUCUAAGGUUUGCCAGUGUCCUCUGUGCAAGAAGACCUUCCAGAAGCGUCCAGACCUCCAGAUCAACAGGACACUGCGAGAGAUCACCGAGCAGUUCAGAUCCAUGAGAGGAGGCGGAGGAGUGGGGAGGGAGAAGAGAGGCGGGCGAGGAGAAGGGGGAGACGCAGGCAUACCGGAUGAUUUAUUUAACGAACUGAAGAAGAAGCUGCCUCGACCUCUGCCAAAGGUGCCGGUUUCACUGCCCUGCGAGUCUCAAGUUGAGUCCAUCCCGACGUCAUUGGCACCAGUCACAACCUCACUGGCUUCUUCGGUACCAAACCAAAGUGCGAUUGCUGCCUUGAACCAAACCUCCGUACCUCCCCCGCUGCCUCCCCCUUUCUCCCGCUCCAGCGGCCGGAGAAGGUUCACAGUUAGCGGGGCUGCGAGCAGCCACAGCCUCCCUCUCUGCGAGAUCCACCACAGAGGAAUAAUGAUUUACUGUAGGACUGACCAAGUUUGUAUCUGUCCUGAAUGUGCGAACGAGGACCAUUACGAUCACGACACAGUGACUGUGGAAACCAAAUGGAUGGAAGUCAAGGCCCAGUUAAGUGUGUCGGGGGAGGAGAUCCAGGAAAUGAUCAGACAGAGAAUCAGGAAGAUUGAGGAGAUCAGAAAGUCAGUGACUGAACUGGAGUUGGCGGUGGAGCGAGACACGGCGGGCAGUGUUUGCCUGUUUUCUGCUCUUGUGUCUGCCAUCGAGCGCUCCCAGGCAGAGCUGAUGGAGGUGAUGGAGAUGAGCCGGCGGGCGGCUGAGCACCAGGCUGACGCCAUGAUUCGACAGCUGGAGCUGGAGGUUGACGAACUGCGGAGGAGAGGAAGCGCCCUCGCCGAGCUCGCCCAAUCAGAUGACCACAUACACUGUGUCAAGACCUUCCCCAACCUCUCCAGCCCUCCACAUGCCAAAGACUGGUCCGCCGUGUCGGUGAACUCUGACCUGGGAACAGGGACCAUCUACAGAUCACUGGCAGUUCAGGUGGAGAGGUUUCAGGAAGAACUGAAGAAAAUUGCAGACACAGGUUUUCCUGCCUUAGUACUGGAACCCAGUCCAGUCCGAACGCAGCCCAGGAUAAAGAGGAUACAGGAGUAUGCAGUGAAUGUGACUCUGGACUCCGACACUGCCCAUCCCAGACUGAUUAUAUCAGAGGACAUGAAGAGUGUGAGGUGUGGAGAUCGACACCAGCUGCUUCCGGACAAUCUAGAGCGGUUUGACCGAGUCGUCUGUGUCGUGGGGAGGGAGAAGAUCUCCUCUGGGAGACACUACUGGGAGGUGGAGGUGGGUGGGAAGACGGACUGGGAUCUGGGGGUGGCCAGACAAUCCAUCAACAGGAAGGGGAAGAUUGAAGUGACCCCAAGCAACGGAUACUGGUUCCUCAGCCUGAGAGACAAAAACAAGUACGCCUUCCGCACUGAACCCUCCACAGACGUCCAUCUGAACCUCCGACCACACAAGAUUGGGAUCUUUGUGGACUUCGAGAAAGGACAGGUUUCUUUCUACAACGUUGAUGCUAAAAUCCACAUCUACACAUUCAAUGACACUUUCAGUGAAUGCAUCUACCCGUUCUUCAGCCCCUGCACUAAUAAAUCUGGAAAGAACGACGGGCCACUGGUCAUCACGCCAGUAAACAUGACAGAGUAACAGAACAAGACUUGAAAGUUAUUUUUUAUUGCUUCUUCUCUUUUUAAUAUACUCAUGCACCUUUUUUAAUGAAUGGUUGGCUUAUUAAACUUUCUGUUGGCAGAUGUUGCACAGCUGGGACAUUUUAAUGUUGUAUUGGAAAUGAUUUGAUGAUCAUUUAUUAAAACAAUCACAUGUUCUGAUGCA